UCUUGCCAAUAGAGUAAUGAUAAAUAAUUAAAUUCAUAAAUAACUAAACGCAUGAAAAGAGAAAACAAAGGACAAGACUCAACAUCAACAACAACUGCAAACUGAAUGCAUGGAAGUUAAAGACACCUUAAAGUGUCAUCUCAGCAAUUCGACAGCAACAAAAUUUCCAUUCACCCAUAGCAUCGCCCGGAAUUCAACAUCAUUGUCAUCCGAAUAUUUGCAUCAUUGCUGCUGAUGAAAUAUGGAUUUGAUACACAUUUUCUGGAAUUACAUUCUGAUAUUGCUAACGAAAACAUGUGUGCUCCAUGCAGUUAGCUGGGAAGAAUGGUGGACUUAUGAUGGCAUAUCAGGUUCAGCCUUUUGGGGAUUAAUCAAUCCGGAAUGGUCUUUGUGCAACAAAGGACGAAGACAAUCGCCUGUAAAUUUAGAACCUCAACGCUUACUUUUUGAUCCUAAUUUAAGGCCAUUACAUGUAGAUAAACAUAGGAUAAGUGGUUUAAUCACCAACACCGGACACAGUGUCAUAUUCACAGCGGGUAACGACACAGUGGCCAAUUACGAUGGCAUGCAGACGCCCGUCAAUAUCACAGGUGGUCCGCUGUCAUAUCGGUAUCGAUUUCAUGAGAUUCACAUACACUAUGGACUCCAUGAUCAGUUCGGUUCGGAGCACAGUGUCGACGGUUAUACGUUUCCCGCCGAGAUACAAAUAUUUGGUUAUAAUUCACAAUUGUACAACAACUUUUCGGAGGCAUUAAAUCGAGCCCAGGGCAUUGUUGGUGUCUCCAUACUGUUGCAGUUGGGUGAUUUAUCAAAUCCAGAACUUCGAAUGCUGACAGAUCAAUUGGAUCGCAUCCGUUAUGGCGGCGAUGAAGCGUUCGUUAAACGCCUGUCAAUACGUGGCCUACUGCCUGAAACGGAUCAUUAUAUGACGUAUGAUGGUUCAACAACAGCACCUGCCUGUCACGAAACCGUGACAUGGAUUGUCCAGAAUAAACCAAUUUAUAUAACAAAGCAACAGUUACACGCUUUACGACGCCUUAUGCAAGGCAGUCCCGAUCAUCCCAAGGCUCCAUUGGGUAACAACUAUAGACCGCCUCAACCUUUAUUGCAUCGGCCCAUUCGGACCAAUAUUGACUUCAAGACAUCAAAAACAAAUGGUAAAGCCGCCUGUCCCACCAUGUACAGAGAAGUCUAUUAUAAGGCCACAAGUUGGAAACAACAUUAAAACCCACACACACAUAUACACAUCAAAUCCAACGAUGUCGACUUUUUUUCUACCAACCCACAUGAAAGCAGCAAUCAAAGGAGACAACCGAGGAAUAGGUCAGAGUAAUGUUUGAUAAUAUUUUUGCAAAAUGAAAAAUAAAGAAAACAACAACAACAAACACAAAAAUACAAAAAUAAUA